AUGCCUAGCGAAAGCAACAACCCCUGGGACCAAUUGAAAGACUCAAUUGACGAUGCCAGAGAUUGGUCUACGCGGACCAUCGAUUUGGCCAACCGCAAGUUCAACGAGUACUCUGAUCGGGUGCAGACCGACGGGUGGUACAGCUUGCCCGGAGCUGAUCUGCUCAAUUCGGUAAUGAGCGAGAACCCUCUGGUGGCCUCGCGCGUGCCAAGUCUCUAUCGCUACUCGCAGUGCAAAGAGAACAAUGGCGUUUCCGCCUGGACCAGGGAGGGCAUCUGGAAAUGCCUCAUGCCCAGUAAGGACGAGAUCGAUUUCAGCGAUAACAAGCUGUUCAGGGACUACACGGGCUACUUGGACUUCAAAUUGUCAAUGUACAAGGCGCAGCAGGCUCAACUGGAGAACGAUCGUCGAAAGAGACACCAAAGUGUGAUGUGGCGCACCCCCAAGUUCAUCUCUGAGGAGGAAGCCCAGGGCAAGAACGCGGUGGGCGAGCGCUCGUUCACGCAAACAAUCACCGAUGAAACAGGCCACACCGAGACAAAGCGUACCCUUUAUAAAUAUUUUGAUGACGGCACUGCCUUCAAGAAGGAGGAGACCUCCGCCGGUGGUAAAGGCAGCUGGUUUUGGUAG